UAUAUAUAUCUAUAUUUAUAUUUAUAUAUAUAUAUAUAUAUUAUAUUCUUUAAAUCAUGGAAGAGCCGGGGCGGAGGCGGCCGUCGCCGCCGUUUCUACCCGGCCGUAACCGCGGAUCCUCCUCAUGGAAGAAACUUUCUCACAGAUUCGCCUGGGGAAAGGAGUUACCCGCCACGGUGCAUGUUGUGUAGGACGUGGGGAAGUUUUGUGUGUCCAGGAAGAAUAUAAUCCCAGCAACAUUUGGUCUCUGCUUGAAUACUUGACAAUAGGAGGAAUUGGGACUGUACUGGAUUUGGUGCUGUGCAUGUGGUUGCUACAAAAAUGAGUGCAAGAGGAAAGGCAUAUUUGAUGGACCUAGGGGGAAGCUUUACUGAAGAUGCACCAAGGCCACCAGUCCCAGGUGAGGAAGGUGAGCUGGCGUCUACAGACUGUAGGCAAUUGAAUCACAAUUUCUACCCUAUAAAAACCGAAGGGCUUAAAUGUGAGGCAUCCACGGCAACUCCACGGCGGCCAGAUUUGGAUUUGGGUUAUGAACCAGAGGGUAGUGCUUCACCAACGCCCCCAUACUUGAGAUGGGCAGAAUCCUUACACUCCUUACUGGAUGAUCAGGAUGGAAUAAAUUUAUUCAGGACUUUCUUAAAACAAGAAGACUGUGCGGACCUGUUGGAUUUUUGGUUUGCAUGCAGUGGAUUUAGAAAACUGGAACCUAAUAAUUCUAAUGAAGAAAAGAGGCUUAAAUUGGCAAAAGCCAUAUAUAAGAAAUACAUUCUGGAUAAUAAUGGUAUUGUGUCCAGGCAGAUCAAACCAGCCACUAAAAGCUUCAUAAAGGAUUGUGUUAUGAAGCAACAGAUAGACCCUGCCAUGUUUGACCAGGCCCAAACUGAAAUUCAGGCAAUGAUGGAGGAGAACACCUACCCUGUAUUCCUGAAGUCUGAUAUUUAUUUGGAAUAUACAAGGACAGGUGGAGAAAGUCCAAAGUUGUACAGUGAUCAGAGCUCAGGGUCUGGGACAGGAAAGGCAUUAUUAGGAUAUUUGCCUACUUUGAAUGAGGAUGAGGAAUGGAAAUGUGACCAAGACACAGAUGAACAAAAAGGGAGAGAUUUGGCCACUGUUAACAGGCUUACACAGAAACUGCUUAUGGAAACAGCGCCACAACGUGCUGGUCCAACCAGGAGAUUCGAUGAAGGUCGGGAGUACAGACAUGGAUCAUGGCGGGAACCUGUCAACCCUUACUAUGUUAACACAGGGUAUGCUUUGGCACCAGCAACGAGCGCUAAUGACAGUGAGCAGCAGAGCAUGUCAAGUGAUGCAGAUACCAUGUCACUGACGGACAGUAGUGUAGAUGGAAUUCCACCAUACAGAAUCCGAAAGCAACAUCGGCGGGAGAUGCAUGAAAGUGCCAAAGCGAAUGGACGAGUGCCACUACCUCACAUUCCUCGCACAUAUCGGAUGCCAAAGGAUAUCCACGUUGAACCAGAAAAGUUUGCUGCAGAACUCAUUAGUCGGCUUGAGAGUGUGCUGCGAGAACGAGAGGCAGAGGAGAAGUUGGAAGAAAGGCUUAAACGUGUGAGAGCGGAGGAAGAAGGUGAUGAUGCAGAUGUUUCAUCAGGUCCCUCUGCAGUUAGUCACAAACUGCCACCUGCCCAGGCUAUGCACCAUUUUAACUCUCGUUAUUCUGAGAUGGGCUGUGGUGGAUUACAAGUGCGCGAUGCUCAUGAGGAGAAUCCAGAAUCUAUUCUUGAUGAGCAUGUCCAGCGUGUAAUGAAGACUCCUGGUUGCCAGUCUCCAGGACCUGGAAGGCACUCUCCAAAGUCACGGUCUCCUGACGGCUUAUCCAGUGGGAAGGUAGCAAGUUUAAUAGGAACGGUGCUGCCUUCAGGGCAUAAACAUGUAUCCAAGACUGGUGUGAAAGUAGAGGCUUCCAACAUGUACCAUCACAAACAUGUUUAUCAUCACAUCCACCAUCACAACGGGAUGAAACCAAAAGAACAAAUUGAGGCAGAAGCCACACAGAGGGUCCAGAGUAACUUCUGGAAUGCUGAUUCACACCACUAUGCAACAAAGUCACGGAAUUAUGCUGAAAGCAUGGGUAUGGCACCUAAUCCAGUGGAAUCUUUGAAUUAUGGUGGUAAAGUCAACACACUGUCGAAACGAAAUACCAAGAAGACUGAGCCGGGAAAAACAGAUGCUGGGAGCUACGAAAACCCUGCUCCUCCAGAGGACAUGGAGCGGAAUCAGAAGAUAAUGCAAUGGAUAAUUGAAGGAGAGAAGGAAAUUCACAGGCAUAAAAAGGCUCCACAUAACUUGAUAGGGGCUAAGAAACAACCUAGUCAUGAUACUUCUAGGCCAAGUUCAAUUGAGAGGCCAGGAGCUGUUCAUCCAUGGGUCAGUGCACAGCUGCGAAAUCCUGUCCAACCGUCACACCCAUUCAUUCAGGAUCCAACCAUGCCACCUAACCCAGCACCCAACCCUCUGACUCAAUUGGAAGAGGCACGCAGACGGCUUGAAGAGGAGGAAAAGAAGAGUGGUAAACUACAGUCCAAGCAAAGGUAUGUGCAAGAGGUUAUCCAACGGGGUCGCACUUCUAUCAGGCCUGCAUGUAUUCCAGUGCUGAAUGUGGUACCAGCCGUCUCCGACAUGGAUCUCUCUGAGUCAGAGCAUAAACCUCAAAAGAAGUCAGCAAAUGGUGUGUCUCAGCCUGGUGAUAACAUUGUGGUAGCCUACUACUUCUGUGGGGAGCCAAUUCCAUACAGGACAUCUGUUAAAGGGCGUGUCGUCACGUUGGGACAGUUCAAGGAGCUGUUGACUAAGAAAGGGAAUUACAGGUAUUAUUUCAAGAAAGUAAGUGAUGAGUUUGACUGUGGGGUAGUAUUUGAAGAGGUGCGUGAUGAGGAAGCAAUUCUGCCAAUUUUUGAGGAGAAAAUUAUUGGAAAAGUGGAAAAAAUUGACUAAAUGCAAGACGGCCAUGAAGAAGAGUAUGUAAUGGUACAAGAGAUGUUUCAGCUGCUUGGAGUACUUCAAACUACAUUACUGGGGGUCACGGUAGUGAACUGUGGAAAAUGCAUCUUGCUGACAUAUUAAGGCUUCCAACUCUCCACAGGGAUAUUUUACAACUGCUCGUUACAGCAGAAAAAAUGGUGCUUUCAACACCAAGGUCUGCCAUUGCAGUCCUUCGAUGGGAAUGUUUGCAGCAUUAUCUUCUCUUUAUCAGUAUACUUCAAACACUAAGUGUAAUGUAGCAUUGUAAAAUUGUAUUAGAAAUUGUAAUAUGAAACUGUUUACUAAAGCUGCAUAUUUUUGAUAUAAUGUAAUCUGAGGAAAAUAGCAUUUUUAAUGUAACAGUGCUCUUAUGUUAUUUUAAACAUACAUACAGGUACUUGAGCUCACCAAAUGUGUACAGCCAUCUGUAAUAAUAGCUAUUUGGUCCCUAUUUCAAACCAUUGAUAGUUUCUCCACUUGUAGGUUGGAUGAUUAUCACUGAUUCCGUUGUCUUAUCAGGACAAAAUGUCCAUCAAGAAAGUUUACAUAGGCCACCCUUGCAAAUACUGCUGUAUAGGUCUUUUCAUAUGAAAAAGUUGCACAGUUUUGUUAAGAUCUAAUAUUAUAGGAAUGUGUAUGUUGAGGAGUGAUUGACUGGUCCCAAUUCCCCAACCCCUACCAAUUUUUUUGGUACCUAGCACUUAUAAUGCUGAUGCUGCUUUUCAGUUUCUGCACGUUCCUGCUCCAGUUUGAAAACAGAAACUGAUUAACCCUAGCUAGUGAAUCCCAAACCAUUGAAAAACUUGGAUGAGUUAGAUUACCGCUUAGCAAUAGUACAUACUGUACAUCUGCUGUUGAAGCAGUUUGCUAACUCUAGCAGCUCCCGAAGCUUGUGUAAGUUUUGUCAGUCAGGAUCCUAGAAUCAGAUUCAAACUCAAAUUGGUUACAAUAUUUUACACUUAACGAUCCCUAAACUUUGUGUCCAGCAUGAAGCUGAUAUCACAACAUGGCAGCCAACAGCACUUGAGUUUUUUUUUGGAAACCUCCAUUCAGUUUAUCGCUGAAUGUACAACUUACAAUGUAAGUGACAUGUGGCACUUCUGUUGCCAUUGCCAAACUAAUAUACAGGUGCAUGCAGUGCUAACAUUGAUCUGUAUUAGACACAAAUUCACAUCUAUUUUCCUGAAAACUGAAACUUUGGUUAAGUUGACUUCAGUUUAUUGGCUCCGGAAUAGUUUUGGAGCAAUCAUAUAUUUGAAUAUUUGUCAAAUUUUGGUAUAGGUCUAACAAGGAGACCCAGAAGCCCUUCUCAUCACGUUUCUCCUCCAUUCAGUUUAUUCUUCAUGGUGUACACAACAUCUUACAACUAGUUUAAUAAAUCAUAAAUAACCAUGUCUUUGAACUGGCAACAUACUUAAAAUAUUCUGUAUUCUACAGGACUGAACCUGCCCUCAGCCAAAUUUUAAGAUACUGCUCUUGGUAACAGAAACAAAUCCUCUGCUGGCCAAAAUAUUCAAUCUAAAUGCUCAGUAAUCACUGUCAUUUUAUAACAUUUGGUGUUUGAGCAUUUUUUCAUGAAUCUGCUACAGUUAUUGGUAUUCAGCUUCAAUUUUAAUGGUGCAUAAGUAAAAACUGCAUAAGUAAAUUCACUACCUGCAACAAACUUUCUCAUGGGGGAGAAAAGGCCUAUACAGUAAAAGUUACUGUUGAUAAGGUUUUAAUCAGGAUAUUGAGUCUAUAACUAUAUUUUCAUCUGUCAAAUUUCAUUGCUGGUUUAUUUAUAACAGGUGUCCUUGAUGUCAAAAGGGCAUUGAUUCUGGUUUUAAAACUUCACACUGCAAGUUGGGCUUUCAUCACUCUGCCAAUUUAUUAACGUGAACAUUCAAACUAUCAUGCCGCUGUCCCAUUGCUGCCCACCCAACCUCCAUUCUGAUGGCAUUGUUCCUCCCACAGUUUUGUUUACUGCCAUUCGGCUGCCUAAAUGUGUAGAAGCUGGGUUUAAAACUAAUGACGGGUCUUCAGUCUGUUACACAGAAAGGAUAAUUAGUUACAAAUUUUCCCAAAAUCUGGCAGUCCAAGGAACAGCCUAAAACAUAUUUGUUUCAGAAAGGUAUUGUGUAAAUAAAAGUACAUCACAGAGUGCCUUUUAUAUUCAAUGCUGUUACCUGUCCGACGCUAUGUGACCCCCAUGACUGAGGAAUAGCUCUCCUCAUCCAGGGAUCUGCAGUAUGGUUUCUCCUCCUGCAUUUGGUGUCCAGCGGGAUUUUUAUGUGGCCCUGCAUUCACGGGUUUUGCAUUUCCCUUUUUUCUAAGGGUUUCCAUUGUAAAUAUGUACAUUUUCUAAAGAUGAUGUCUUCAAGUAGCAGCACGUCAAAAGAUUUAGUUACCUGGUUUCAGUCAUCUUUGUGUGCUGACUUGUACAAUUAUCUUUUAAAAGGUACUUGGACAAUAAAGAAAAAAAAAUAAAGUGAA